AGCUGAUCCAUUCUUUAGUAAACUUCCAUGUAAACAAACUCCUCUCCGUCCCUUCAUAGGUCUCCCCAUGUCUCCAUCAUCACCUCAGUCUCCCAAUGAGCUCGGGUCCAUCGCUAUAGCAACUGGUUGCCACGGGCGACGAGACACAGCCAGCACCAGCCAGCAUCCUCCUCACAGUUGUUGUCGAAGGCAGAGAGGAGAGGUAAGGCGCGGCGCGAGCUGAGCAGCAUAAGAAGAAGAAGACUCUUUUUCUCUCUCGCCAAAAUAAAAAACAAUGAAAUAAAAAAAAAAAAACAUCCAAUCAGACUGCCAGAUUCUCCUGUUUCUGCUUCCAACCUCUGGAGAGGAAGCGAGAGGAUGAGAGGAUGGUGACAACUUGUUCUCCCAGGAAAGUGUUGCUUCAGUGCUCGGCUGUCUUGGAGUGCAGGCGGUGACCCCGCCGUCGCCGUCGAGACCGCCGCCGGGUGACCGCUGCAGGGCGUCUCCUCUCCAACUUCUUCUUCUGUAAAGACGAUGUUUACCUCUGGACGCCGUCUCGUCGGACAGAGGACGAGGAUCGUCUAAAGCAACCACCCAUCCCAACAUGGCUGACGACCUUUACAGCAGCACCUUCUCUGCUUCUGAAUCGGACUUCUCCUCCUCCUCAUCCUCCUCGUCCUCCUCGGCAUCCGCCUCCUUCCUCACGCUCGAGGCAAGGGCGGCCUUCGUCUUCGUCCUCAUCCUCUUCAUCUUCUUGGGCCUGCUGAUCGUCCGCUGUUUCCGGAUCCUUCUGGACCCGUACCGGAGCAUGCCGUCCUCCACCUGGACGGACUACAUGGAGAAGGACACCUUUGACUACCGAAUUUCCUGACAGGCAGCCUGAGAGGCAGCAACCCUGACCAACAACAAGUUAAACUGAGGCGACGACCACACGGAGAGUAAAGCGGAGACACGAGCGCACGUUUCCCCUCUAGUGGCUGCAAUGGGGCUGAACAGGAGAGCGACCAGACUAGUACACAGACAGCAUGACGGGAAAUUAGUCCCAAGUAAAAACUUCUUCGGCCUCUUUGGCAGAAGAAGUUUGUCUACCAGAGUAUCCACUUAAAAUCUAAAAACACUGUUUGCUAGUAAAGGCAACUACUGUUUGUUUCACAUCAGCAGCCAAAUAACAAUCUGGUUGAAUUUGAAAACCACCUCGAGGGCAGGGAGACAAAAUACUUAAUUUCCCAGCAGUGAUUCCACUUUUACAACCUUAAAUCAAACAAUACGUGACUCGACUUUAACGCCACUGACUUGUGAAUUCACCGGACGAAAGCUUUUUGGCUGUAAAUCACUUUAUUUCUUAGAAAUUAUUAUAAAAAAGUGCAGUUAAUGAACUCAUCAUUUUCCUGACAUCAGACUUCGGAUCAACAAAAACCUAAAGUAACAUGCAAAAUUCAGAAAAUCACAGAUGGAGACGCAACAACUUCUUCGUUUAGGCUGAACAAAGAGUGCUAAGUCGAGGCUAGCUUCAGGGGCCAUGUCCACCAAAGUUUUUUCUCCUGAGGCCAGCAUAUAUUUUAAAUUCUCUGAAAUGGAAGCACUGCGUAUUUACGCUUUGCUAAAAACGCCAGCAGCGUGAUGAGACGCUGAGCGUCUAUUCUGGUCGCAGAGAGUGUUCAACUUUUGGGUAAAAUGCGCUCGGCACUGAUACCAAUCACAGUGGAGGAGGGUCGGGACAAUAGACCCUUUCAGUGUGGACGUCAUGAUGAGGUCACGGUGUUAGCUGGAGGCUAAACAAAGGAAAGACUGGAGGCUAACACUAGCAGUGGGCUAAAGUUACAUAUCUAAAAUGUCAUCUUGCUGUGUUGUUGGGUGCCAGAAUCUAGAUAUUACAGACAUUUGAGAUGACAAACUGUGAUUCGAGGCUCUAGCGAACUACAAUAUCGGAGAAAAGGAAAGGAAUUAGCAAGCUAAGCCAGCUAAGUAGCCAGCCAUCCGACCAGCGGGCUGGUGGCCAACGGCAGCGUUGUAAAGAUAAAUUGAGGGCGUAUAAAUCUUUGGAUGUCUAUAGUUAACUAUCCUUCUGUAAAGUCCAUCUAAAAGAGUCAUACAAUAUCGGCAAAGCGUUUCAGAGAUGGAGAGAAAGGGUUGCUAAUAGUUUAACCUUCUGCUAACAGCAGCCAAUGGCUCACGGCUGCGGUUAGCAGAAGGCUAAAAGCUGAAAUGAAAGCACUGUCAAGCGUUUUCAGCUGAGCGUUUUCAGCUGAAAAAAAAAAAAAGACUUUGUUGGACACAGCCCUAAAAAAACGGGUUCAAAUCUGAGGUAUUUCUCUAAAAUAAGUGAGUCAAAGCUAAAACUGAGUGGUUUGGUUUGAUUUGAGCGACGACGGUCUGACAACAGAACAAAGCUAAGAGCUAACGUGAAGACGUUAACUUCAGUAGCAGUGUUUCCAUUCAACUGUCAAGCGAAUUUUAAGCAAACUUUUGAAAUGACGCAAAAAUGAAAUGUGAAUUAGACGCGUUUCCAUCAGCUGGUUUGGAGCGAUUAAACCCGGCCACAGCGUAGUUUGGUCAGUAGGUGGCGCUAUAGGCUAUGCACGGCUGUAAUCAGCCAGUAAACGGAGUAGAAGAAGAAGAAGUAGAGGUUGAACCGUAAAACAAAACAAGUCGCCAUCUACGAGACAAAAAUGAAGAGAGGUCUUCAGGAAUUAGUUUUAAAAGUUCUUUCAGCUGGUAUUGAUCACGUUUCUUGGGAAUAUUCAAGAAGAUGAUGAAACAUCUUUAGUGCAUCAACUAUUUUUCAACAAAAACCUCCUCAAGCGAGCGUAAAAACUUGUUUGCGCAAUUGAGGAAGUUUUAUUGAAUUUGUCUGUUUCCAUCCAGCUUUUCUAAUCCACAUAAAAAUCAACACGGUAAUAAAACAAGAUGCAUCCGACAUUUAAUAUCUUAAAUGUUCGGCUGUCGUUGGUUAUUUAUCCUGAUGUUGCCGCUCUUUCUAAUUCCAUAAUGACUCGUUUAGGACUUUGACUCAGAACUUCUGACUUAACUUGACCUGUAGCCAGUAAAACUGCCUUCUAAAUAGUUUUACUACUAGUAGUACCAGUAGUUUACUACGACUACUAUGACUUCUGUUACAGCCACACAUCGUCAGCCAUCAUUCAAAUUACAUUUAAAUUUUACAGUUAGACGGUUGCCCGAAGCUCUAAGGGCGCUACCUGCUCUGGAAACUAACCGGGGAAAGGAACCGUUUGGGGGAAAAGUGCGCCUUGUGUUAUUUCUGCUUCCUGUCUGAUUGUCGCCUCAGUCCGCCUGGCAGACUGGACAUCUGGGCAAAA